GUCGGUGCCCAUCUUGGAUCAUCAGUGGUGCUCCAGCCUUCCUCGAGUGCAAUAGUCAACCCAAAUCGCACAAGACAAAAUGAAGGUCAUCGUGCUGAUGUGUUUGGUGGGCGUGGCCCUCUGUGCCCCGCAGCAAUUCCAGAAACAAGAAGAAAUUGACACCCCCGAGCCAUACGAGUUCAGCCUCAACGUUGCUGACGACGAGUUCACCAACUACCAGUCCCGCCAGGAGAGCCAGGACGCCAACGGCGUGGUACAGGGCGUCUACUCCUUCGUGGCCCCCAACGGCAUCCGCUACACCACCUCCUACACCGCCGACCCCAUCAACGGCUUCCAGGCCAACACCGUGGAGGAGCAGACCAACAUCCAGGUGGUGAUCCCAGUCCACCCACCACCUAAGCCCUAAGCAAGACUUCAGAAGAUGGAACCUCUCUACCUACCACCCAACCCCCCGCUGCCAGCACCAACAACCACAGUCUACUGACCUUCACGACAUGGAAGUCAACAGCUCCUCAUGCCGAGCCUCUAUACCCUUGUCUUUCCUCAAUCUCUUUGUUUUUAACCUACGUGGUGAUGUAGCCUGUAUGGAAAUAUUUUGAAGAGCGAUGUCUUGGUAGCUCUACAUUUCACACUACUUCUCACACAGUCUUACUCUACGAAACUCUCCAGAAACAUUCAUUUCAUCUCCAUUACAAAUGGUUUCUUUACAUUUAGUUUCUCUCUUCCUCGUAGUAGCUCCAAGCAUGCAGGGUUAUCAACAGAUUUUGGACAAUAAUUUAGGCUAGUUUGGAUAAGGAAGUCACCAGUCCUAUUCAGUCCUGCCUGAUGUAAAUAUUGUAUAUAAAUAUGACGUCAUGAAUGAAUAAGCUCUACAUUCACUGUUGAGUUCUAUAAAUUCACUGAUUACCGAUUAUUUGCAUUGUUUGAGGAGGACUGGUUUUGUUAAGUUAAAAACUCAAUUAUUCCUACGAUCGUUAAAUAUAUCUAAGUCAUACCUUGUUACAUAGUUCUUAUUGAUUCUCAACACUUCUCAUCUUCUAUAAAUCUUUAUGCUUAACUAUCAGAGACCUGUCUCUUGUGUACAACUCCAACAGCUUGAUCUUAUAAACUCUUUGCUUAAAGCAACUCUUUCUUUCUAUCAACUGUAUAACUUUCACUCUUGUUAUCUUAUCUACCAUCUUAUUUAUACCUUAAGUUACUUUCCCCGAGUCUGCACCCAACUUUUCCCCUUGACUAUACUCUUCUACGCAGUGUAUGCGAGUGUGUGUGUAUUAUGAGGACGUGUGCGUGCGUGCGUGAGUCCAGGGAAGGCGCAGAAGCUUUAAGCAUGAGCUGGAGCCUGCGCCUUCCACCAGUCACUUGUGUUGUAGUCAGCUUACCUCAGCUUACUGCUCGCCUUGUGAGUUAGUACAAAUAAACUUUGGCUUGCAA